AUGAGCACCAAAUCUAACGAAGACGUGAAUGAUAAAGAAGACGUAGAUGGUAAAGAAGACGUAGAUGGUAAAGAAGACGCAGAUGGCAAAGAAGACGCAGAUGGUAAAGAAGACGUAGGUGGUAAAGAAGACGUAGGGGGUAAAGACCAUACCGUCGAAGUUAAGAAGAAGAAGAAGAGAAAAAAAAGAAUCAUCAUAAAUGUGCGAAAGAAAGUCCUGCGAAAGGAGGAAGUGGUGACGAUUGAGGAUGUCUCCAGCUCCAAUGCGCUGGGUGAAAGUCUGACGGAUAGUCGGAACGGGAAAGGCGCUUCAAGGGGGAAGUACCUCCGCAGGGAUGGUAGUCCGAGGGGGCCCGUCAAGGCGGCCAAGGCGGCUAAGGGGGCCACGGCAGCCAAGAAGGCUCGCUUCUUCGAUCAGGAAUACGACAUUGGCAAGGUGAGAAUGAGGCAAAAGAGGAAAAAUAAGGAGUGCGUAUAA